AUGUCAUACACACCCGCGCCACAGUUACUAGCGAGUGCCGUGGUAUAUAUCCGAGACAGCGAGCGUAAGCCGAUAAAAUGCCGCGCCUUGUUAGAUACUUGUGCCACAGCAAAUUUUAUUUCGGAAUCUAUUCUGAAGCGGUUGAACAUUCGAGUAAGCAGAGGCGCGUUGUCAGUCGGCAUGAUCAAUGACGUAAAUACAGAGUCGAGAGGCAUGGUACGGAUCACUAUGCAAUCCAUGCACGAUAAUUAUCGCAGGGAUCUUACGUGUCUGGUGAUUCCGGUUAUCGCCGAUUUAAUUCCCUCAGAAGUCUUUCCGAGAGAAACGAUCAAAUUACCAUCAAACGUUAGAUUGGCGGAUCCGAGUUUCCACCUGCCACGCGCGGUUGAUUUGCUGAUUGGUUCAGGGCUCACCUUAUCUCUGUUCUCCGUCGGACAGAUCAACUUGUCGCGUGAAGAUCACGAUCUGUAUUUGCAGAAAAUACGACUCGGAUGGGUUGUGGUAGGUGGUGUACCGUCGCAAGUUCCUUCAAAAUCUACGUGUUACAUGACGAAUCUCGAGAAUCAAUUAAACAAAUUUUGGGCAAUUGAAGAAGUCAGGGAAGGCAAGGUGAAAUCGGACGAGCAAAUCGAUUGCGAAGCGCACUUCGAAAGAACGGUGUCUCGCGAUGCCGUCGGGCGUUACAAAGUUCGCUUACCGUUUCGCAAAUCAAACAUGCGACUAGGGGAAUCGCGUUCCAUCGCGCUGAAACGUCUAUUGUCGCUGGAGCGUAAACUCAAUUCAAACGCAGCGUUAAGAAACGAGUACGCGCGAGUAAUCGAGGAGUAUUUGACCCUCCAUCAUACGUCAGCAAUAGAGGAUCCUGAUGACGACGGUUACUAUCUGCCGCACCACGCGGUAAUCAAAGAAGCGAGUAACACGACUAAGGUUCGAGUGGUGUUCGACGCGUCGGCGAAGACGAAUAACGGAAUGUCGUUGAACGACGCGUUAAUGGUAGGACCUACAAUUCAAGACACGUUGUUCUCGCAUUUAAUUCGAUUCCGCACAUAUAAUUAUGUCAUCACGGCGGACAUCGAAAAGAUGUAUCGCCAGGUGUUAUUGCACGAGGAUGAUCGCCGUUAUCAGAGAUUCCUCUGGCGCGUGGAUGGUAGGAUUAAAACGUUUCAGCUUAACACGCUUACAUUCGGUGUUUCGCCUUCUUCCUUCCUCGCGAUUCGAGUUUUACAGAAACUUGCGGAGGACGAACGUCAUGCGUAUCCUCGAGCGGCCGAGAUCCUUACCACACAUCUUUAUGUGGACGAUUUGCUAUCCGGCGCUGAUACGAUUGUCGAGGCGCGUGCCGUCCGUGACGAAAUGAUCGCGUUGCUGAAGCGGGGUGGCUUCUCCAUAAGGCAAUGGGCCUCCAACGACGAGCGCGUUAUUAACGAUUUAGCAUCCAAUGCGUUGCACACUAAUCUCGUGUUAAACGUGGAUCGUUCCGUAAAGACGUUAGGUAUAACAUGGAAUACGCGAGACGAUCAAAUGCAUUAUGCGGUGCGUCCGAUCGAAAUUACUCAAAGAUUGACAAAACGAAACAUAUUAUCGGAAAUUGCAAAGAUUUUUGAUCCAAUAGGAUUACUCGGUCCGAUUAUUCUAUACGCUAAAAGGCUGAUGCAAGACAUAUGGCGUUCUGGUUUACAAUGGGACGAAUCUGUCCCACAAGACAUAUAUACGGAGUGGAAGGAAUUUGUUCGGCAAUUAGAAUCAAUAAAUCGCUUUACCUUUGAACGUAAAUUGCUAAUAAACGACUAUCACGACGUUCAAAUACACGGAUUCUGUGAUGCCAGUAGUGUCGGCUACGGUGCAUGCUUGUAUGUUCGAUCUAGCAGGGAAAAUGAGACUACGAUUGUCAGAUUGGCAUGCGCCAAAUCCAGAGUUGCGCCGUUAAAGCCUAUUACUAUUCCGCGUUUAGAACUCUGUGGUGCAUUAAUAUUGGCGCAAUUAUCGGGAACAAACCGAGUCACAGAAAUUCAGAACAUCACUGGUUCCAACGUAUGGCGGCACGUACAGUCAGAAGACAAUCCAGCGGACGCGUUGUCAAGAGGUCAGUUGCCUCAUACUUUUUUGCGAAACAAAAUAUGGCUUACGGGACCCUCGUGGUUAGUCGAGGACGAGAGCGAGUGGCCCAAUGAGAUCAUGCAAACAGACGUCGAAAUAACAGAAUUAAAGAAAAACACCUGUUUGAUAGCGGCGACACACGAUAUCGGGAUUCUCACCAAAUACUCUUCCUAUUCUAAAUUGCUCAGAAUCAUAGCGUAUUGCCUCCGUUUUCGCCGUACCAUUAAGUCUACCGGCUCAUUAUCCGCAAGCGAGAUUAUUGAGGCUGAACAACGAAUAUUACGGAUCCUUCAAACGUCUCAAUUUGCCAAUGAAAUCAAGGAACUCAAACUUAGGGGUUCGACGAACAAGAGCAAAAUCACCAAUUUAAACCCGUUCUUGGAUGAUUAUGGAUUGGUUCGCGUGGGGGGGCGUCUCCAAAAAUCAAAUUUAACAUUUACGCAAAAACAUCCAAUCUUGCUUUCGAGCCGGCAUCAUUUAACUGAUAGCAUCAUUCGCGAAGUUCACGAGACGCAUUAUCACGCGGGCAUUCAGACCACCUUAUUCAUCCUACGUCAAAGAUUUUGGUUGAUGGACGGACGGAAUCAAGUGCGGAAAAUCGUGCGCACUUGUAUUCAUUGUUCACGUUUCAACGCUAACGCGAUCGAGUAUAAAAUGGGGAAUCUCCCACCGGCUCGCGUGCGUGAAGCGGUGCCAUUCGCUAACACCGGCAUUGACUUUUGCGGACCGUUCUAUAUUAAGGAAAGAAAACAUCGCAAUAGAAACCGCGUUAAGGUCUACGUAUGUGUAUUUGUAUGUAUGGCCGUAAAGGCAAUACAUCUCGAAGUCGUGAGCGACUUAACGACUGAAGGUUUUCUCGGUGCUCUGCGACGGUUUUCUGCUAGACGGGGUUUACCCGAACGAAUUUAUUCCGAUAACGGAACAAAUUUCGUGGGCGCGAAUCAUCAAUUAAGGGAAUUGUAUGUUUUGUUCAAUUCCGAGGAGCACAAGGCCAAAACGAAUAGGUUUGCGUCCGAACGUCGAAUCACAUGGCAUUUCAUACCGCCAGCCGCACCGCACUUCGGCGGUUUGUGGGAAUCCUCGGUGAAGCUUUUUAAGCAUCAUUUCAAGCGAGUAAUCGGGGAAUCCUUAUUCACGUUCGAGGAAUUAAACACAUUUGUAGUCGAAGUCGAAGGUGUCCUGAAUUCCCGACCGAUCACCUGCCUAUCAUCCGAUCCGAAUGACUUGCUCGCCUUAACUCCAGCCCAUUAUUUGAUCGGCAAACCACUAACGACCCUCCCCGAGGGCGACUUGUCCGCUGUUCCAGACAACCGAUUGUCUAUCUGGCAGCACAUCACUAAGGUUCGUCAAGAUUUUUGGGCACGCUGGAGCCUCGAAUACCUCAAUGAGCUCCAGGUGCGUCACAAAUGGACUAAGAAUGGACCGAAGCUCGACAUCGGGACCGUCGUGCUCAUAAAGGACAAAAACGUGCCGUGUGGACGGUGGACGUUGGGCAGAGUCUUACAACUACAUGCGGGAGAGGAUGGUGUCACACGAGCGGUUACCAUGAAAACCGCAGCUGGAGAGACGAAGAGAACCGUCAACUGUCUCUGCCCCCUCCCGAUUGAUAAAUAG